ACAAAAUUCUGUCAAUCAGCCCUUCACAGUGUCUAACCUAUAAUGAAACUUUAAAAUAAAACAAAUAACAUUUCGGAUUACUGAUAUUAUUACUGACUUCAGACUUAUUUUACUACAUUUAGUAAAAAUGUUGGCUUUACGCUCUUUUUUACAAAGUACCGUAGCGACAGCACCAAGUUUGUGCCACCAGCAAACAAGGAACACCUUCAUAUUAAAAAGAAAACAUCCUCUGCCCCUUCAUAAAAAGGGUGGUAAACCAACGAAAAUGAGAGGGAGACAUUUUGUUUAUGACCUAGUUGAAGAUACAAAUAUAGCAAAGAAACCUGACAUUAAAGUUAUACUGAAUCAAUUUAUCAAUGGUGUUGGUGUAAAGGGUGAUGUUCUAUCAUUGCGCCCAACCCAAGCCUACCGAGACUAUCUCAUGCCUGGUUUAGCUGUUUAUGCUAGCCCUGAAAAUUUAGUGAAGUACAAAUCUGUUGAAAAUGAGCCUAAAGCCGAAAAUAGCUAUAGUUCACCAUAUGUACGCAGGACUCUUGGCCGCUUUUCGAAAUUAGUUUUACAAAUUACAAUGAAUAAAUUGCAACCUUGGACACUGGAACCUUGGCAUAUUAGUGCUUCAUUUCGGAAGUCUGGUUUCAUAGUACCUGAGUAUGCAAUUGAAAUGCCUCCUGUGCAAAUAAAGGGACCAGAUCUAUCCCUACAAGACAAAGAGUUCCUUAUAACCGUUACAAUAAAUAAGACAGAGAAAGCAAAAGUCAGAUGUAGAAUACAUCAUUGGGCUACAGGUUUGGACAGAUUGCCUUGGGAGGAGUUUCAUUGGAAACAACCCAAAGAAGCAUUGAUACCAGAUCAAGCAGCUGAACUAGAGAAUAUGCCACUACCCCAGUAGAUAAAAAACUAAUGAUUAGGUGGAUUAUGUAGAUGUUAUAAAUAAAUAUGUAUUGUAAGACAA